AUGGCAGAUGCACAGCAGGAUGGUCACUUCAGCACUCUACAGAGUUCAGGUCCUCUGUCCUGCUCGGAGGGUUACGCAGAACUGGGUUUUUACAACGGCUCCAUGUCACACACUGACUCUGGCUUUCCCUGUCUGAGAUGGACUUUGUUUCCCGAAUACAUGCUGCAGUACCCAGACAGAGGGCUGGGCGACCACAGCUACUGCAGGAACCCUGACCGAGAGUCCAAACCCUGGUGUUUCUUCAGACAGCUUUCUGGAGCCAUCAGCUGGGCCUACUGCAACUGCCACCAGGGUGCGGCCAGGUUACUGGGAGGCGAGUCCAACAAGAGUGGACGGCUAGAGGUUUACCUGAGCGGCCAGUGGGGGGCAGUGUGUGACACACACCUGACUGAUCGAGACGCAAGCGUCAUCUGUCGACAGCUUGGUUUUGGUGAAAUCGGCACCGCGCUCCAACACUCCUACUUCGGUCCUGGUUCUGGACUUUUCCACUACGAGCGACUCGGCUGUCGUGGCAACGAGAACUCGCUGCUAGAGUGCCGGAGCAGGAAGUUUACGUCUGGUGACUGUAACCAUGGCAACGAAGCUGGAGUGGUGUGUGCCGCGCCCAAGGGCAACAGCACCCCCUUGAGGCUGGUUGGAGGCCAGGAAGACUUCGAGGGACGAGUGGAAGUUUAUCAUAACGGACAAUGGGGCACAAUCUGUGAUGACCAGUGGGAUGAUAUAGAAGCAGAGGUGGUGUGUCGACAGCUGGGACUUGGUGGUGUGCCACAAGCCUGGUCGUGGUCUCAUUUCGGCCCAGGCACCGGGCCCAUCCUGCUGGACGGGAUGCAGUGCACAGGAAACGAACUCUCCCUGGAAGAGUGUCCACACACACCCUGGGGCCUACACAACUGUGACCACACAGAGGACGCUGGAGUGUCCUGCAACCCGUACAAAGAUGGAGCUGUGCGUCUGGUGGGAGCAGACAGUCCAUGGGAGGGACGUCUGGAGGUGUACUACUCGGGAGAGUGGGGCACGGUGUGUGACGAUAACUGGACGGAUCAACACGCACAAGUAGUGUGUCGACAACUUGGGUUCAGAGGGCAUGCCAAGGUGGCAUCAGAAGGUGCAUAUGAAGAAGGCAAGGGUCUGAUCCUGCUGGACGAGGUGCGCUGUGUGGGGUCAGAAAGCUCCUUGCUGGAGUGCAGCCAUGCAGCGUGGGGACGUCAUGACUGUUCCCACAGUGAGGAUAUAGCCGUGUACUGUGAGAGAGGGGAACACAUCAAAGAUGUCCCUGCAGUUCCUCUAGUCUCGGGUCCUCUGCUUCGACUGGUGAAUGGAGAAAGUCGUAAAGAGGGUCGAGUGGAGGUCUUCAUCAAUGGUCAGUGGGGCAGUGUGUGUGAUGAUGGCUGGAACGAUAUCAACGCUGAAGUGGUCUGCAGGCAGCUCGGCUUCGUUGGACAUUCCAAAGCACGCUCCAUGGCCUAUUUUGGUGAGGGUCAGGGUCCAAUCCACCUGGACAACGUGAGGUGUGUGGGUACAGAGUCAUCUCUGGGAGAGUGCUCAGCAGAGGGUAUGGACAAACACGACUGCAAGCACAGCGAGGACGCCGGGGUCAUCUGUGAUUACGUUUCUCAGCCAGUAUCCGACAGCAUCAUGACAACACAGUCGUGUGGUCUGAGACCCAACACACUGCGCCGCAGGAGGAGGAUCAUCGGCGGAGACAAGUCACUCCGGGGGGACUGGCCAUGGCAGGUUUCUCUGUGGCUGAGGUCUCAGUCUAAAAGAAACCAUCCGCUGUGUGGAGCUACUUUAAUCAGCUCCUGCUGGGUCGUCACUGCUGCUCAUUGCUUUAAGAGGUUUGGCACAGAUUCGUCGCGAUACGUUCUGAGGUUGGGAGACUACCACACAGAGGAAAAGGACGACUUUGAGCGCACCCUCUCUCCCGAGCGUAUUGUUAUUCACAAGAAGUACCGCAGCCAGGGCUGGGAGUACGAUAUAGCCUUGGUCAGACUGAAGGGCACAGAUGGGAACUGUGUGUCCUUUAACCCUCACACUAACACCGCCUGCCUUCCUGCUCCUGGUGACAGGAAAGCCAAGAGACCUGCUGCGUGUAUCAUCACCGGAUGGGGCGUUACAGACUCUGAGUACUCACGGACCCUGCUGCAGGCCUGGCUGCCACUGCUGCCGUCCUGGAGGUGUAAGAAACGCUACGGCAGCCGCUUCACAGGACGCAUGCUGUGCGCCGGCAGCCUGUCCAAGCAUCGGCGCGUGGACAGUUGCCAGGGGGACAGCGGCGGCCCGCUGGUGUGUCAGGGCGACGGUGGCCGCUGGACGCUGACUGGAGUCAUUUCCUGGGGUCAUGGCUGUGGGGAUCCCAGCUAUCCUGGUGUAUACACUCGUGUCAGCAGGUUCACAAAGUGGAUUGAGAAGGUCACCAAGGGUUCUGCCCAAAGCUAG